GAAGGAAUCAGGUGCAAAGUGUUCCUCACAUACCAAUCCCUCUCUUGACCUUGACCUCAUAGAGAGCAGAUGGCAUCGUCCACUUGACCUUCAACAACUUGGAACUCUACUUUCAGCCAAUAAAAAUGUGAAGACAAGGCUUUUGUUUGGCAAUACAUCAACAGGUCAGUUGGUUUGGUAGCACACCUUAACAGGUCAGUUGGUAUUUUAGCACACCUUUACAGGUCAGUUGGUUUGGUAGCACACCUUAACUGGUCAGUUGGUUUGAUAGCACACCUUAACUGGUCAGUUGGUUUGAUAGCACACCUUAACAGGUCAGUUGGCUUGGUAGCACAUCAAAAGGUCAGUCGGUGACUCGCUUAAAGAAAUAUGCAUGAUUGAAUUAACUGUGAAAAACCAGAUGAGUGAUUUUUGUUUACAUAAUCUUCAUAAAAGACACUUCAGCCCAGGUAAGGCUGUGUCCUGCUCCACUUCAUCGUUUCAGAAUGUUCCAUGGAUUUUGUCUCCCAGUGUGAAACUCCAGAUGAUGUAAACUCAUUUGUUUAGAUAAACCAAUAAAAAUUCUGCACAAAACAACAAGAAUAAAAACAAUUAACAAUAACAAUUCUUUAGGUAACAGAGAAGAUCACUAAAAAUGCAAUAUCACUUCAGCCAAGUAAUUUUUGCUGCAUAGGCAAUGGUUUAAGUUUUUUGUUUAUAAAUUAUUAGUAGCCUUUGAAGAUAAAAUGAAAAAGAAACCAAAUUUUCAAAUAGCAUUUUUGUUACUACACAGGUAUUUUCAAAAAUGAGGGGCCCUAUGAUUUGUAUAUUGACCUCCAUGGGGUUAAAGAACUUUACCAGUUUACCG